UGUGUACUAUCGCGAAAGGAAUUGUGGGUAGCACUACUUUUUCAACAUGGCUGCCGAUUGACAUCAUCUCAGUUUGUCAACGUUCAAGCCAUGGAAACAGCAACUCCAGUAAAGUCAGUGAGGGCCUGUCUAACCUGUAAUCGUUCAUCUCAAGGACAUUUAAAAAACUUAAGAAAUGUAGCUAUGCGAUCCAUACUACUGAAAAAACAGUUUGAAUGUCUAGGCUGCAAUAUUGAAGACCUUGUGAAAGUAGGACAUGAAAAUCUGUUGGUUUGUGACACAUGUUUGAAAAUAUUGGACAAACUAUCAGAAAUGAAGUUGAAUUUACAAAUGAACAUGAAAGAACUAAAGAAGAGUGAGGAUAGAACAAAGAGAUUAAUUAUGCAUUCUGUUUCUCCAGUAGUUAAGAAGUUCAAGGACACAAUUGUACCAGUAAAAUCUAGAAAAAGUUCAAGGGCACUUUUUAAGAUGACAUCUCCAUCUCCAUCAAGAUGUAUUGAUUCAGUUAUUAGUCCAAAAUCAGGCAGCAUUGAUCAUUCAUACUCUGGUAUACCAAGCAAAACAAAAACACAAAGCCUUGACCAUUUGUAUUCAACAACCGUAAAUCAAAAUGUAGAUCUUAAUAAUCCAUACAGUUUUCAUAAGAACAAAAUACUGAUGCCUCCUGAAAUUACUGUUAACGAAAAGAAAAGUGUUAUAAUAAUAUUUGAACAAUCAUCAAAAGACACUGUAAGUGUUAAUACUGUUUUGGAAAAACUUCUUGAUCUCCCUUCUGUAAAUGAAAGACUAUAUCUAUGUUUAUUGCAACGACUAUCUGGAGAACUAAACAGGAUCUGUGGAACAAAAGACAAAAGUGUUUUAAGGACAAAGGUGUCAGAACUAGAACCUGAAACCUUUUUCAGUGACAUUGUAAAAGAAAUGCACUUGAAAUGUCCGAAGGUGUUGCAGUUUCUGAUAACCCUGUCUUGCCCAAUGGAUCUUGCAGUUCCAGAGAAAAAACAUGGCAUAGCAGCUAUGUAUGCACUUGGCAUGUACUUACGGAACAACCACAUGAUUGCCUUUCAAAAAGCUGUUGCUGCAUCAUGUAUAAGAUAUAAUGCAGGGAAUGGACUCAUGGAGUUUUUACACAAUCUGGGAAUGUCAAUACCUACAAAAAGCAAGCUGCCAAUGUUGGAUGACCUUGGACAAAUAAAUGGUCGGUAUGUAGUUUCUGCUUUGGCUAUUGGGAAAACCAUCAAAAUCACAGUUGAUAACAUUGACGGGCACAUAAAAGCUUAUCAGGUCAGGCUUGGUAGUGGAAACAGAGAUUUUCACUACACUCAUUGGUCGAUCCUUAUCGACAGAUUUGACCCAAGAGAUCUGAGCACACAACCGAAACAGAUAACUGCCCAAGGACCUGACCCUACCAUCUUCUUCUUGUCUUCAAACGAACAUGAAGCAUUAAGGAAAAGAUGUACUCAGCUUGUCAUGCGGAUACUGGUAGAAGAAAUACAGCCAUUGUCCAUGUUUUCUACGGCAACACCUCGUCUUGUGGACCAUAAAUACAGACAAGUGGUUGAUAGACCAUCACAAGUUCAUCCAAUGUUUGUGAUCAUGAAAGACCCAAAGUCAUUACCUAAUUGUGUUCAGAUAAUGGACACUAUAUUAGGAACCAUAGAGUCAUUAUAUACAUCUGCUGGGAGAGGUGAUGAGUUUAACAACAUGGCCAGUAUUCCCCUGGGUGGUGAUCAGCUGACACGGGUAACAUUUGAUUCGGCACGCGUUCUGAGAUCUGGUACUCACAGUCGAACAGAGAGGUUUGACCAGUUGUCUCCAGUCAUCGAAGAACUAUUUCAUGUUCAGCAAGACUUGUUAGAGAAAAUCAUCAAAACCUUCUACAUACCAGAAACAGCUCGUGAAGAGGGAUCACUUGCCCAGUACAGAGCAAUUCUUCAUAGAACAAACGUUAAUGGUCAAGUAAAGGCUAAUGGAUAUGAAUCACACAAAGACUUCCUCAUUACUGUCACUAGAGCUCUUGUGAUAGAGUUAGCUUGUGAAAGAUGGGGGGCUGAUUGCAAGACAGACUUGGGGUCUCUGGUUCCGGAAGAAAUGAAGACUUCUAAUACCAAAGGGAAGAAGCAGUGGUUACAGGAGCAAGUGACCAAAGUGGUGGAUACACUGUUCUGCCCAUACUCUGCUCCAAAAGAUGCUAAAAUAUACCUUCGGCGCAGUGGCCAUUUGUACUGUGUUACGGUGCCUUCAAAAGAUGUCGGGAAAACCAUUGAUCUUAUCAUAAAUGGUGAAGCUGUCCGCAUAAGAGUGCCUGAAGAUUGUAAAACUGACGAAGCAGAAGAUGGUGUGUUUUCAUACAGCCUUGGGAUUGUCAGAGUUGCAAUGGAUUUUAUCAUGUUCAAUGAUGCAAUAAAAUCAGGUGAUAUAGACAUGAUUACAAUUCUUAUGAAACGAUUCAUUCCACUGUUUAUAGGAUUGUCAUCCUACAAAUCAAAGUAUGCUAUUGAGUGUGUCAACUUCCUUACUAAAACUGAAUGCCUGUUGUCAGACUUUGAAAGUGCUAGAGUGAAACUGGGAUUGUUGGUCAACAGAAAAGGCCGACCAGGAAAAAACAAACCAGCAGACAUGGAACAGGAGAAUAAUAUUCGUCUUGUCAAACACGUAAUUAGAGGACUUGGAGCCGGAAAAAGUGAUAAAGCUAUGCUAAGAAUAUCGAAGGCAGCACCUGUAAUCAGUGCAAUGGUAAAUGGACUAGAAGGAAGCAAGACACAUAAAGAUAGACACUCCAGAAAGUCAAUAUCAGAAGAUAUUUCAAGAUUAGGGGAUGCAAUUCGAAAAAUAAGGCCUUUCAACUAUCAGAAGGGUAGACAAAUGAAUCCUUUCAAGAAAAUUUCAUCAAAUGUGAUUGGUGCUGUGAACAAAGACAAAUUAAAGGACUUUAUAAUCAGGCACAGCUCCAGAGCAGUUAAUAAGCUUGCUUUUGAUGACAAUGAAGACUAAUAAGGGAUGCUGUUAAUGCCAAUAAGGACUCGUUAAAUUGAUUUUUGUAGUCAGAUCUUCAACACUUAUUUUUGCAAAAUUGAAAAAAAUGUGGGUUUUUUUGCUUUUUGCUAUUUGCACUAAAGUUUUGUAUCCUUCUUUAACUUAAGUGCACAUGAAAAUUAAAUUGUGUAAAAAACAACAUAAAAAAACACACCUGAAGUCUGAGAAAUGGUUUAUGGCGAUUAAUAUUAAUGGAACAUUAAUAUUGUUUUGUAACCUGUAAAAUAAAUCAUGUGUAAAUAUUGAGCACAGACCAUCAAAAAUUUGAUUUUAGCAACCAGCAAUUCUUUCUACCAGAUGCACAAUAUUUUGAUAUUAAUUGUUGUAGAAAUAUGUAUCAAUUGUCAUACCAUUUACAAUUUUUACAGUCUGAUUGCUAAAAUAUGUCAGAAAAAAAGUUUUAUUGCAUUUACUGGACCUAUAACCAUGGCAUCACAUAAGAAUGCAUGUUAUUACAUUUAUGUAAAAAGACAAGAAUUCUACUUUUCAUCUAACUAUAUAACAUCCAUUUUUUCUCUACCCAAAUAUCAGAAGCAAAAACAGUGAGAACUUUCUAUGAAUAGUUGUCACCAUAUGAACUUACUCCACUGGAUAUUUUUACCCAAAAUUGUUGGAAAACAUUAGUUACUAGUAUGGCAUUUGUAAUAUCAGGUUAAGUAUUUUAAAAGGAGAAAUCUUUUUGUGAGGGCACAUAUGUGCAAUGGAGAGUGGUCUACUUCACUCAUAGUAAUAUGUGAUUGAUGUUGCAUAUGUCAGUCUUGUUCAUGCAAUCAUUUUUAUGUCCCCGGAUCGAAUGAUCGGGGGUAUAUUGUUUUUAACCUGUCUGUCUGUCUGUCAUUCUGUCCCAAAACUUUAACCUAAAACUUUAACGUAGGUUAAAGUUUUGCAAUAACUUUUGCAAUAUUGAAGAUACAUGUAGCAACUUGAUAUUUGGCAUGCAUGUGUACAUUUUGUAUCUCAUGGAGCUGCACAUUUUGAGUGGUGAAAGGUCAAGGUCAUCCUUCAAGGUCAAAGAUAUGGAUUCAAAGCGGCGCAAUAGGGGGCAUUGUGUUUCUGACAAACACAUCUCUUGUUUAGAUAUGAGAAAUAUGCAAACACUUCCUUAUUUAUUUUCAAUUUGUGUUAUUACAGGGCUUGCACUAAGCGGCGUACGGCCGUAUAUUACGCCCGAUAAUUGUUUCCAUACGCCGAUAACAAAACCCCAUGACGUCCACUGUACUUCCUUAAAAUUGGUAAUACGCCGAAAAUAGCAACCCGUGACGUAAGCUGUCGAUUAAAAUAACACUUCAAUCAACACUGCUUUCUGCCGACUCAAUGUGUUUUGCACACGUCUCGAUCAGUCUAAACUCCGCCUCCUUAUAUUUGCUACCGCCCGCAGGUGAUUACCGGUAGCAAGUUUAUUGUGUGUUGUUUAUCUAACGGUUACACAAUUUACCCCCCCCCCCCCCGCGCGGAUCGCAAAUUGACCGUUACAAAGCAGUCGCUUAAUAUUGGUUGCUUUAACAACACACUCGUGCAUCUUUGCGCGUGCCGUAUGUUGUCUAAUGAUUAGGCGAUAACUGCUGGUUUUCGGCAGACGGCACGGUAAAAGAAAGACGGCAAAAAUAAUUAAAGAAAAACAAAACUGAUCAAAGUUUAAUUAAUUACAUAGAUUCACUACCGUAUUACUGGUCAUGUACGUAAUUCCGGCCACUUUUGGGACUAUUUAAGAAAAAUCUUUAGUGUUAGGCAACUGUUUGAAACUAAACUUCACAUAUAUAAUCCUGGGUUCAAAACUCACCUAGCAUGAAAAUUUAAAUAGAAUUAGAUCGGUGAAUGUUACUUAAUGAACAGAAAAUGAUGACAUGUAAACUAUCCAUUUUCGUAGGUUAAAUGUACCUUAAAAAUCGACCACUUUUCGGUUUGAUCUGCAGAUAAAAUUACAAAGCAAUAUCUUUUGACAAAUGUCCUCAAUUUCAGAGUAUUAAUCAAUGUUUAUACUAUUAAUAUUUUUGACUUGAAAUUUAAAAUAAAUGCGAAAUUAUUAUACCAUUUACUCCCCCUACCUCUUUUAAUAAAUAUGAACAAUGGGGAAACUGCUAUUUCAUUAAAAAAUAUUUGUUUUUAAUGUGUUUAAUAAAUUUUUUCAAACAUAGCUAAAAAAGUAAACACAUUUUGUUUGAAAAGUUGACUUCAGUGUUGAUUAUUAGUAAACGCUUAUAUAUAAUAUUUAAACAUGUAAUCUAGCAAUAUUCUUAUAAAGGGAGGUAAUUCAUAUAUUAAAAAAUUAUAUUUAGGUUCUGAUUUGUAUGUUUUGAAUAUAAGUUUUUGUACAAUAAAUUGGUAAAACUUUGAUUAAAGUUUAUUAGAUAAAAUAAAAAUAAUUUUAUCAAAUAUAUUUGUUUCUUAUAUGAUUAUAAUUGUUGCAACAUAUGAUGACAUCACUUUCCCCAUGAGCCAAAUAUUUCGUGCUAUAUUUGUGACAUUUUAACACAAAAGUUUACGGUGAUAUGGUUCUUACAUUUGCAAAAUAUUGCGAGUGGGGAUGGUUUUCAUGUUGAUUUUUCUAAAUAAAAACAAAAUAUGUGCGUAAAGAUCAUGAAAAUGAUUUUACACAGGUGGCCGAUUUUUUACGUACAGGCCGGAAUUACGUACAUGACCAGUAGGUCCCGCGAGUUUUCUCAGUUUGUUAAUCCACCGAUAAUUACAAGUAAUAACCAUCUUAUAUAAACUGAAAUCACAGUUCAUUUUCUAUACUAACAAGUCAUUUUACUAGUCAGAAACAUUCAGAAAACACAUUCCUGGAUUAGAUUUAAAUUAUCCGAGUAGAAUUAAAUUGCAACGUCAUGACCUUCGACAUUGCAAAUGGCUGACCUAUUGCAACAUUCAACCCGCGUUCAGUUCAAAGCUGGUGAUUCAAAUUACAAGUAAUGUUGGUUCAAUGGAGAAAACAUUAAAUGGAUUUAACAAGCAUUUGAUAAGGUUUGUUAAACCAGAUAACAACAUGGAAAGUUUGGAUUAUUAAAGUUAAACUGGUAAGGCAUUUAUUAAGUGUACAUAUUUCGGACCUGUAUAGUAUUCGGAUAAACAGUAAUUGAUAUUCUAGAUGCUCCAUCAUGACCAUUCAUUAAGAUUGUGUUUUGUUGCAAAUGCAGUCAUAGGGAUGAGGAUAAUAAAAUGACAAUAAAUAUGUGAUGAAAAGGUGCAACAUGUUUUGUCUUUUAAGUCGAUAUUGUUUGCACAAACUUAUACCCUGAUUUUCCAAACUUCUCCUUAUUUUUAAAGCCUUGGGUAGUCUCCGCCUUGUUGUAUGAUAUAUCUAGUUACUUUCACAGAAUUAAAGUGACCCAAAAUGGAUUGGAAGAGUUUGUGAUCAUUAACGCAGUUGACAUUCCGUUAACAUCAACAUUAAAGAUGUUUGGACUUCCAACAUUUUUGAGUGGGACUUCCAUAAGUAAAGGGCAGGAAGUCAGGACUUCCAAAAUUUAUUUCUUAGUGCAAGCCCUGAGUGUUAACUAUUAAAAAUUGUGUAGCUUUUAACUUGUUUUGCAUGAUUUAUUCAUUAUAAUGUUUUAAAAUAGCCACUGGUGACAAAAGUUGUGUGAGUCUUGGUUGUUCUGGUCAUGAGUGACACGUUUAUUUUCUUAGUCUAACUGUGAAUAAUAUUUUAACGUAAUAUUAUAAAUAAAUUUGUGUUGUACUUUUCCGUGUAUAUAAUUAUAAGUACAUGUAUAUGAUAAAACUGUUUUGAUAUUGAUGAAAUUGAGGUACAAAUAGUGUUAUUAGUAAAAUUUCCUGUCUUAUUUGAAUUAUUUAAGUGAAAUUCAAUAUGUGUUACUUAGACUUUUGUCAUUCAAUCUUACAAUUGUUGCUACCUCACCUCAUGUCAACUUGUAUUAUUGAAUGUUUUUUAUUUGUGAAAGAAAAACAUGACAUAAAAUGCACAGGAUUGGAAAUCAAUUAUCUGUCAGGUUAAAUGAGCCAGAGACAUAGGUCCAUAAUACUAUCCCAUGGUUUUGCUCUUUUCAGUAUGAAAGAUUUUCAGUGAAAAAAAUAUGGAUAAUGACCCUGUUUUAACUUAUUUUAAAAACUGUGUAGUUCUUACAAGUGUCAAUUCAGAGUUGUUGAGCAGAAAACUGUAUGCAGUGUCUCAAAUGAUUGUCAGCUGACCAUCAUUGUCAUAAUCAUAAACCAUUAUAAAAAAGUACAGCAUUAUUGAUGUCAUUAUUGUGUUUAUCAUUAUACCUCUUUUGGACUUAUAUAUGUAUUUUAUGUAUAAAUAAACACAUAUUAUUCAG